GUCCAUCCAUCUCCAGACCGUCUGUGUUGGACAUCAGGACGCGCUUGUAUCCGGCGGUGACAGGUGAAUCUUCGGCCGUUCGUGCCACGCAUGCACCGCCGGAGCGCACCGCCCUCCUGCCGCCGGGAGGAGCAGAGCAGAGGAGGAGAGGAGAGGAGAGGAGAGGAAAGGAGCGGAGCGGAGCAGAACCGGGAGCGCAGCGGCAGGAGUCUCAACACACAACGGGAUGCGGUUCGCGAUCUCUGCUGCUUGAAUUCUCAUUUCGCGUAACCUAAAUCCGCAAAGUUUCCCUUCCGCGAGAGAGAGAGAGCGAGAGAAAACCCCGGCAGAGGAAAAGCGACCGCUUCGGAAAUCUCGUGGCGGCGUCCCUUGUUUCGUUCCUCCCGACUGAACCGAACGCUCCGCAGCCCAGGUUGAUGUCAGUGGAACCGGGAGAGGGGCAGAGACGGGAGGACGGGAGGACAAACAAGACAUCUGCAGAUGUGCGUGUGCAGCCGACGCGCAGCGCAGACGGUGAAGUUGUUUUCCUGGAAAGGUACUGGUCCCCUUGCUGUUGCUUAGCAACAAAGUGAGUCCAUGAGAGUUGACGUCUUGGAAGAUUCCCACCGCCUGUCCAGAGACGGCGCUGUUCGGAUGUUCUGGGGAAGUUUGAGCGGACGUCAGAACCUGGAAGACCCCUGCCAAUUUGAUGUGUGAACGCACCCAGCGAUAAUGGCCCAGAGGACACACAGUGGACGUACAGCAGAAGCAGACGUGUUCAUGUGUCCCGUCCAUGCCACCCAACGCAGUCUCUCAUACAAACGCAUCUGAACUUCUCAAGAUCCCAUCGGCAGUGUGAGAAUGAGACUGGUGUGGAAAUCCCUGGACAAGAUGAGGUGUCUGAGGAAACGCUCCACCAUUCCCUUCCUCGGCUUCCUCAUCACCUUCCUCCUCUUCUUGAACCUCUACAUCGAGGAUGGCUACGUGCUGGAAGGAGAUAAGAGGCAGCUCAGGGAAGCGUCGGUCCAUCCUCCCAGCUCGGAGCGAUACGCUCACACCUUCAGAGACCUCAGUAACUUCUCUGGAACCAUUAAUGUCACAUACCGCUAUCUCGCCGGCACGCCUCUGAACCGCAAGAAGUUCCUGACCAUUGGAUUGUCAUCGGUCAAGAGGAAAAGGGGAAACUACCUCCUGGAGACGAUCAAAUCCAUCUUUGACCAGUCCAGCUACGAGGAGCUGAAAGAGAUUGUGGUUGUGGUCCACCUGGCGGACUUUGACCUGGUCUGGUGUGAGAAUGUGGUGCAGGAGAUCACCAGGAAGUUCGCUCACCACAUUAUAGCCGGACGCCUCCUGGUCAUCCAGGCCCCAGAGGAGUUCUACCCGUCUCUGGACGGCUUGAAGAGAAACUACAACGACCCGGAGGACAGAGUCCGUUUCCGCUCCAAGCAGAACGUCGACUACGCUUUCCUCCUGAACUUCUGCACGAACCUGUCGCACUUCUACAUGAUGCUGGAGGACGACGUGCGCUGCUCCCGGAACUUCCUGACGGCGCUGAAGAAGGUGAUAACCUCCAGAGAAGGCUCCUACUGGGUGAUGAUGGAGUUCUCCAAGCUGGGCUACAUCGGGAAGCUGUACCACUCCAGAGACCUGCCCCGCCUGGCUCACUUCCUCCUCAUGUUCUACCAGGAAAUGCCUUGCGACUGGCUCCUCAUCCACUUCCGGGGCCUGCUGGCUCAAAAGGACGUGAUCCGCUUCAAGCCCUCGCUGUUCCAGCACAUGGGCUACUACUCGUCCUACAAAGGAGUGGAGAACAAACUGAAGGACGACGACUUCGAGGAGGACUCCAUAGACAUCCCGGACAACCCCCCAGCCGGCAUUUACACCAACAUCAACGUCUUUGAGAACUACGAUGCCACCAAGGCGUACAGCACGGUGGACGAGUACUUUUGGGGGAAACCUCCCUCCACAGGAGAUUUCUUCGUCAUAGUCUUUAACAAAUCAACCAAAAUUAGCAAAAUUAGGAUUGCUACCGGGUCUGACGAACGACAAAGCGACUUUCUUCACCACGGAGCGCUGGAAGUAGGAGAGAAGUUGGUCGGGACUAAAAAAGGAAAGCAGUGCUCCUCUUACAUCACGUUAGGAGAGUUUAAAAACGGAAACAUCGAGGUUCAAGACGUGGACCACAAGAUUUCAUUUGACAUUGAGUGCGUUCGCAUUGUGGUGACAGCCAGCCAAAAAGAAUGGCUCAUUAUCAGAAGUAUCAGUUUAUGGACUACACAACCACCCAGCCAAUGAGAACUACACACAACCUCUCUUAGUAACCCAUACAGGCUGUUUUUAUUAUUAUUAUGUGUUUUCUAGGUUUAAUUUAUUCAUUUUGUAUGUAUUUAUUGAUUCUUCCUGCCAAAUAAGUCUGUGUUUUUAUACUUAAACGUUGUAACCUUAGUGGACCAUUUUCAGUCAUCCUCAAGGAUUUCUGAUCUAAUCUCAAUGUAUUGAAUAAUCAUAGCUUAUUCUUCAUAUGGUAGUAUUUGUAUAACAACCAUACUUUACCAAAACCUGAUUACAGGAAAGAGACGUAGCGAAAAAGUGAGUAAUCUGGGGUUUUGUUGAGUCUUUUCUUUGUUGUAGCAACGCUUCUUGACAAUAACUUUUAUUGUCAAGUCAGACUUUGGAAAGUCUGACUAUUUCCUCUUUAAUGGAAAGGUUGACGAUGAGCACAGAAAAAAUUUGUGAGACUCUCUGAGGUGGUGUGGCAGUAUCUCCGUCAUAGAAAAUACAGAGUCUGGCCAUCAUUUGAUCCGGAUGAUGAUCAAAAUGAGGUUCUGACACAAAUUGGCUAUUUCGUAUCCGAACGGUUUGAGAUCAAACUCUUUCCUCCAACAUACCGUGUUCACCCUUACACAGCGGGGCUCGACCCGACUCCAUCGAACUCUAGUGGGAAUCAGAUUUUGGUAUGCUGUUUGUGGGGCCAUCAGAAGCUGGUUGACUGACUUAUGACAAAUACUGGUGGAGAAAUGGGAUGGGAUAGCACAACACUGUGUAAUAAGGCUGGUGACGAUCAUGAAGAGAAGGUGUUGAUGGUGUACAGUUCACCCAUCCACUGCAGAGGCCCCCGUUUGUUAAAUGAAUACACUCUUUAUUAACAGUAUGUCUUGUUUUUUAAACUUCAAUCAUCCGUCUCAAUAAAUGUCACCAAAAUAAAUGUCAAUACCAGAAUAGGUUGUUUACGACCAGUAUUAGGGCCAUACAAAGAAAACAUUUUUAAAAAUUUAAUUACGACAAUAGUCUUAUUACGAGAGUAAAAUUUUAAUAUUACAAGAAUAAAAUCAUACUACAUGAAUAAAGUCUACAUAAUAUAAUAAUGUGAGGAAUAUGACAAUAGAAUCAUAUAUUUUGACAAGUCAGCAGUAUGAGAUUAGAGUUGUAAUAUGAUUUUUUUUCUUGUAAUACUACAACUUUAUUUUCAGAAUUUUAUAACUUCAUGCGUGUGAGUGUCACGACUCGUCAUCUAGAAGGAAGGCAGGUUGACCCAGUAGAUAGAAAAUAAUACUUUUUAUUUCCAGAACUCAGGCCCCGAACAACUCAACUUGAUGAAAAGAGCGCAGAGAAUCCCACAAACUACUCGGGUCUACGGUGAACUUAAACAGCUGGGGAAACACAAUUAGCAAAAAUCAAAACAGCUGCACUAAUUAACCCCCAAUAGGCGGGAAUGAGGAAAAACAACUAACAACGAAAAACACAUUCUGACAGUGAGUUUAUUCUUGUAAUGUUAGGACUUUAUUGAAUAUUAUCAUCUUAAUCUCACAAUGUUAUGACUUUAUUCUCGUGAUUUAAUUUUUACUAAUUUUCUUAGUGUGACCCUCCUGUUUUCUCUGAUUCAACCCACACACUCUUCCCUGCUGCUUAACACACAAAUGUACCGGUACUCUCCUUACAUUAAAAGAGACUUUUUAAACAAUUUAUUACCAAGAUACAUUGUUACAACAAAGAAAUGAUCAUCUACACAAAACUUUUAUUACUUUUUGAAUUUAUUUUCCAAUACUCUUCCUAUAAUUACAACCCACUACCAGUGAAGAUCCAAUGGAAAUAAAAACCAGUAAUAACCACAGAGGAAUCGGGCAAGUGGCAAAAGGAACAACCUUUUAUUAUGGCACAUGAAUGCAUCAAUGUUACAAAAAUUGUGGAUUUUAUUCUUAAAUAAAAAAAAGUUCUGAACAUCAUCCAAAGCUAAUGUUGGUAAAAAAAAAUAAAAAAAAUCCAAAGCAAGACCUUAAACAUAACAUAUGUCUAGAAAGAGAUACAACAAAGUUCUCUUUGGUCUCAUAGUUCUUUCUUCAAAUUGGGUCAAAAUAUUGAGAAAGUAAAACUAAUCUGAUAAUCUGAAUGAACCAACAAGAGUAGAGUCAGAUGGAAGUUUUCUUUUGCUUUGCGGCUGCAAAACAAUAUCUGGUCGAAAAAGGAAGCGGAGAUGGUCAAGAGGUUGGCAAGAAAAAGAAAAAAAAACACGAACAAGUUCAUUUGAGCCACUGGUGCAAGUGAUUUGAAAUAUUUCAAUCUGACACAACUUGCUGACUGCAGUCCAGUCCAGUCUGGGAGAGGCUGCCAUGUUAAGAAUGAGGCUUGUGCAUUAAUGUAAAGUGUCUAAACUUUCUAAUACGUAACAUUAGAAAGUUGCAGCAAUUGUUCUGUGUUGGUGUUGGUAAUGAAGAUGUGUGUCAUGUCUGUUGGGUGGAGAGAGUUUUAUUUUUUUUUCUGUGAAUUUGAACUAAGGAAUUCUGACUUCUCGUUUUAAAUGCUAGGCUAACUGCCGCUAACAAAUCAUUAGCAGCGUUUCCAUUACAAAUGUGCACAAAACUUUGUCUAUAUUCUGCUCAUGUGGAAAAAACUAAAUUUUGCAAGUGCUCCGUUUCUAUUAAACAGGAAACAAAAAAUCACCCAUGAAUACGUUUGUUCACCCAAUAAGUCAUUACAAAAAACACCUCACCAUCAUCCUCGACUACUUCUUGUCGUUUUCUUUGUGGUUUACGCCAACAUCUAAUUGUUGAUUUAUGUGAAUUGUCUGAAGCAAAAAGUGCUUCUAUUGCAGUUUUGCCAAAUAAACCAAUUUGGAUACGG